GGAUUCUCAGCCUUCACAGUUUUCAUUUUCAGAUUAUUCACCGCAGCCCUGAGGGCUAGGAGCUUACAUAUUUAAUAAAAACGGAGAUUGUCGCAUUGUUCCCCAAUUUAAGGAACUGAGGCUUUAAGAAAAGCAUAAAAUAUGGUGCGAUUUUGCCGUAGAAUCACAAGAUUUGGAAACCCUGAAGGGUUAGCUAGAGAUCUCAGUGAAGAAAAAGAGCAUAGAAAGGGAUUGUAGGAAUGCAGGGCUGGAAGAGACGUUGAGACAUCGUGCAGUCUGUUCUGCUGCCCUGAGCCAGGAUCAGGGAUAUCCAGAGCAUCCCUGACAGAUACUUGUCUAACCUCCAAGAUGAGAUGCACAGGAAUGUGCGAGAAGAAUCAGGAGGCUCCACAGAGAUCUAGUGAAUCACAGAGGAGGGAAUGCCUGAAUUGCUGUCCCCUUGUGCAAUGUUAGUGCUGCCUUCGACCCCAGUUCUGUACUUGGGAUCAGGGUCUUCCUUUCUUUCUACAGCAGUUUGCUGCAGGUCCUGACACUUGAGCCACUCACAGACUCUAAGCAAGAUGCCUGGCCUUAUCAACCGGAUAACCAGCUGCCCGCUUCCACUCACAGCCUCCGAGGUCACCUCAUGCGUCAGUGGCUAUGCCUUUGGGAUGACAGCCUCUCUGACCUAUGGCAACCCAGAGGCCCAUCCUUUUGAAGGUCUCUUUGUGUACCCACUGGAUGAGUACACCACGGUGGUUGGGUUUGAAGCUGUUGUGUCCAGACGUGCUGUGACAGUGCAGAUCAAAGACAAAGCCAAAAUGGAUGACUCUUACUUCGACUGCAGCAACGUCUCCAAUGGGAGGACUCCAGAUGGAAGCGGAAGGCUUGUGCUGGAUGAGGACUUGGAAAGGAUCCUUUUUGUGGUUAACCUGGGCAUGAUCCCUCCACUGGAAAGUAUCUCCAUCUUCAUCAGCACCUCCUCGGAGCUUCAGACACUGCCUAGCGGGGCAGUGAGGGUUCUUCUCCCAGCUGUGUGCGUGCCCAGUGUCCCCCAGACAAACAUGGAGAACUCUGCCAGCCUCUCUGGACAUCAGCUCCGAGUAGACAGGCAUAACUCUGGAGCUGGGGGCCUGGAUCAAGGGCACAAGCUGUGUCUGGCCCGGCUACUGGAAAGUGAGGCAUCCAACCCCAACGAGUACGAGUUCAGCUUCCACCUGGAGAUCCGGGGGCCCUGCUUGCUCGCAGGUGUUGAAAGCCCAACGCAUGAGAUCCGGGCAGAUGCUGAUCCCUCUGCCCGCUCUGCCAAGAGCAUCAUGAUCACGCUAGCCAACAGACACACUUUUGACAGACCAGUGGAAAUACUAAUCCAUCCAAGCGAACCCCAUAUGCCUCAUAUCUUGAUGGAAGAAGGUGACAUGACCCCUGCAGAGUAUGAACAACACCUGAAGGGAAGAAAUGAUUUUAUUAAAGGGACAAAGAAGGACCCCAGUGCAGAAAAGAAGACGGAAAUCAUCAGGAAACGGCUGCACAAGGACCUUCCUCACCACCCUGUGAUCAUGCUGAACUUCUGCCCCAACCUGAGGAACAUCCAGCCAGACCUCAGGAAAGCCCAGGGGGAGUUUAUAUUUCUUGUAGACCGCAGUGGAAGCAGUGAGGGAAUUUCGAUAUCCAGAAAUCUGGACGCCCUGCUGGUCAUUCUCAAGAGCCUGGUGCCAGCGUGUCUCUUCAAUGUCAUUGGCUUUGGGUCGACAUUUAAGACCUUAUUUCCUUCCAGUCAAACUUACUGUGAGGAGAGCUUGGCCAUUGCCUGUGAGAGCAUCAAGAAGAUCCGGGCGGAUAUGGGUGGCACCAAUGUCUUAUCCCCUUUGAAGUGGGCUAUCCGACAGCCCAUCCAUAGGGGCCACCCUCGUUUGCUGUUCCUGCUGACCGAUGGAGCUGUCAGCAACACAGGGAAGGUCAUUGAGCUGUUGAGGAACCACUCUGCCUCCACCAGGUGCUACAGCUUUGGCAUCGGGCAGAGUGCCUGCAGGAGGCUGGUGCACGGGCUGGCUGCUGUAUCCAAGGGGAGUGCAGAGUUCUUGGCAGAAGGGGAGAGGCUGCAGCCCAAGAUGAUAAAGUCCCUGAAGAAAGCAAUGGGGCCUGUCCUGAGUGAUGUCACUGUGGAGUGGGUCUUUCCUGAAACCACAGAGGUCUUGAUCUCCCCGGUUAGUGCCAGCUGCCUCUUCCCAGGUGACCGGCUGGUUGGAUACGGCAUUGUCUGUGACACAUCACUGUACACCUCCAACCCCAGAUCUGACAAGAGGCGGCGCUACAGCAUGCUGCGUUCCCAGGAGUCAGGCAGCUCUGUGUUUUUUCACUCCCAGGAGGAGGGACCUGGUGCAGAUGGCUGGGGCUGUGCCAAAGACUCAGAGUGGGGGUUCCCUUCUGACCACACCCCUGAGCACCUGAUGGUCGGGGGAGAGCCAGGGAGAGAGUCAGACCCUGAUACCGGGGUGGACCCCAAAUCCUCACGGCGCAGGGCAUACAGCACCAACCAGAUUGCCGACCGCGAGCCUUUCAAGAAGGUCCCAACAGCCAGCGAUCCCGGUGCAGCCAUGGGGAAGAAUCCACUCCACAAAGCCCACGUGCAGGAUCUGUGCCAAAUCAGCCCUGAACCCCAGUCGUGGCAAGCUGAUUUCCAACCACUAACUGCCAGCCCCUACAUCUCCACUAUGCGUAUACGUGGCAUGGGUGCCAGGAGGCCGUCUCUGUUGCAACAGAGCUGCAUGUCAUUUUGUCACGACGCAGACUCUUCCCAGCUACAGAACAUGUUUCAGCACAUGGUCCCAGGGAAGGGGCUGGGUCGAGUUGAAAGCAACUCUGCCCUGAGGUCCUCCUCUGACAGCCGAAGCCCUGGAGAUCUGGAGUCUGCCCAGCACCCAUCAUUCACCUUUGAAACAGAGACAUCAUCGGAUUGGGAGCCCCAAGACCUGGAUGUCAGCUCUGCCAGGGGGUCCCUGACCUCCCCCAGGGGCAUCUGCAAGGCAGUGGUGAAAGGGUUAAGGAGUAAUGAACCAGUCCAGUGGGAAAUCACCUUUGAUAUCCGGCCCCUUUUCCGGGACAGAGAGAGGCAAGAGAGCAGUGAAGGGGAUCUGUGGAACGAGACCUUCCACCACCUGGCGGCCAAGUCCAUCAUUCGGGAUUUUGAGCAGCUUUCCGAGAAGGAAUGUGAAAUUGAGCACGGGUCUGGGAGGCGGUACCAGGUCAAUGCCAUCCACACGAGCAAGGCGUGUAACAUCAUCAGCAAGUACACAGUAUUCGUCCCAGCGGAUCUUAGUACCAAUGGGUACCUACCAACUGUGGUUGAAUAUGCCAGUGCAGGUGCAGCAGCCAAGCAAGGCAGCCAGAGAAGCUCAGGCUCGGGAAGCAGAAGGCACCGAGGCUUUUCCAUUGGACUUGGACGAACCCAGUCGACUUGUGCCCAGGACGGAGCAGACGAUGGAUUGUCUGGCCUGAAUAUGGAGGAGAAUGGCCUGUCACCCUGCAGUACCCCAUCUUCCUCCGGCUGGGAGCGCUACAGUUUCCCGGAAGCUUCGCUGCAGAGUCCAUCUGCUUCCUCCACUCACUCCCAGAAGUCCAUCGAGAACCUCUUUGCUGCCAGGUUGACCCUUAAUAAAACAAGACUGUUGACUCGUGCGGCCAAAGGUUUCAUGAGUAAAUCUCCAAAUAGGGUGACUGAGCCCAGCUCGGAGAGCGACAAUGAGAACAAAGACUAUCUACCCCUGGUAUCUCUGCAGUUGGCCUGUGGUGCUUUCCUGCUCAACUCAGCGCUCUGUGAUGCAACCAACAUUCCCAUGGAGAAACUGAAGUGGACCUCUCCGUUCUCCUGCCACCGGAUGACUCUCAGCCCCUCUGCUGGCUCUUACAGCACGAGGAAGCCAGACACCCCUGGGGAAGCCAAGAGCCCAGCCUACAGCCGGCAGCUCCAGGUGCCUGGUGAUGUUCGCAGAGAAGGCUCCUCUGACAGGGACUUCAUCUCUAGUCCCUUGACCAAUGGACAUGGCGAGGGCCAGGAGGAUGGGGGUUGCCCUCGCCACUUCUCAGGUAGCGAUGCUGAGAGCCUCUCCAGGGCUCUGCAAGCUGAGAAUGAACUCUCCCCUCCUGCUAUCACCAUCCACCGCUUCUCCUCCCUGCAGAGCACCCAGCCUCCUCUGGAGCUCCAGAGCGACAGUGGCAGAGGCUCUGAGACAGACGGCUCUGAGCUCCAGGCCCUGCUGUCUGACAUUGAGCUGCAGCAGCGGACUGAGCCGGAGGGGAUGCUUUGGGCCACAGCAGUCGCCCUGGCCUGGCUGGAACACAGCUCGGCCUCCUACUUUAUUGAGUGGGAGCUGGUGGCUGCCAAAGCCAGCAUGUGGCUUAGUGAGCAGGAGUUCCCCCCGGGCUGUGGCCUGGCCACUGUGAAGGCCGCAGCCCGGCAGCUCUUUGUGUUGCUCAGGCACUGGGAUGAGAACCUUGAGUUCAACUUGCUGUGCUACAACCCAAACAAUGUCUAGGAGGGGCAGGGGCAUUGGGGGGGAUCCAGGCAGUUGUCUGUGAAGGCACCCAGGGUACAGGGACUAGUCCUUAAAGCCACACUGAGCUCUGCUCUAGCAGUGAUGUGCACGUUUAUUAGAACAAGGCUUUGCGCUGGAAAAGCCAUGACUGAGAUCCAUUCAAAAUCCCACGCUCGGUGAUUCUUCUUCUCAUGGCCUAAGCAAGGUCCUGUGCUGCUUCCUGCAGAAGGACAUUAUUUAGGCUAGUGUCUCAGCAGAAAGGAUCAGACAAUCUGGUAACUAGGAAGAGCACGUCUGGUUUUUCUGGGCACCAGGCAGCUUCCCUUUGGUCUCCAGUGCUGCUCCCAGGAAGAGAAUCCCAAAGCAUUGCUCAGCCAUCUGAUCCACCCACUUUUCUCCUGCUUACCAAGCUCCCCUCUGCUCUUCAUGCAGAGCAUUUGCAGCAUGAUUUAUUUAUUGCUCCCCAGAGGCACCUGACAGUGUCCCACUGUCAGUCUUGAAUGCCUUUUAGUGAAGAUUAUCCUGCGUCUCUUGUCUCAGGAUUCAUGCUUAUGCAUCUGCUACUUCUCGUAGGUCAAGGGCAAUGGAAAUGCAGACUGCGACUGAGUGUCCAGGUAGCUUAUACUCAAACACCAGUAGUGUUGUUCCUAUUGGAGCUGGGUGAAAAGCUACUUUCUCCCGGCCCUGGCCAUGGAAUGGCUUCACUGAUCACCAGGGGUGGAUUUGGGCUGAGAUUUUCCACGAAGCCCUCAGGAAUUGAGUGCUCAGAUCCCACUCUAAUUCCAAAUUCCUUGGUGUCCAGGACUGCCCCACAGCUGACAACGUGCCUUAGCAUCGUGUGCCCACAGAGCGGGGGCAUUGUGGGGGCAGACUCUGCAGUCAGUAAACUGCCUGGAACGUGCAGAGGAUGGGCUGAAGAAAGCAAGCUCUUUCCCAAGCACUUCUGGCUUAGUGUAGUAGAGACAGGAAGGUGUCCUAAGAAGUAAAGUCUUCUCUGCUCCAUCAGAGCCCCCUCCUGUAGGGAUACAGCCUAUGGUCUCGAGAGAGGCUGUGCAGCAUGUUACAUCCGAUCGAAACCACUUGGCUAAAGGGCCUGGCUUGGAGUUGCAUUUCCAGCUUGAAGCCAUUUGCCCAGUGGUUUUGACCUUCUUGCACUUUGGUUUCCUGACUCAGAUGGAGAAUAUUCCACUGCCCUCCUGUGCACCUGGCUCUUUGAAGCUCCUGCUAGCCAAACUCCUCUGUCCUGGCCAGAUUGGCAGAGCUCCUUCAUUAUUGGUGUGGCUGCCUUUUCUACCGUUAGCAUUAUUCCCUGUGCAUAGGUUCUACCUUCUUGUGUCUGCUUGCAAACCUGUCACAUGCCUGUCUGUCACACCUUGCUCCUUGGGUCUCACACUGCCUUUCCAGAUGGGGUGAGCAAACCAUUUAUCUCCCAGUUGGGUUGAAUGCCUGGCGAGCCCCUUGGAUUCCCUCCCUCUCCCUCCCUCUGGCACUGCUGCUGAACUUGUUCCCAUCCUCUCUGUGCUGUGUUUUGACUGGAGUGCCAUAGCGCUUGUGACAGGCACUAUCCGUGGGUACCUGUAUCCACUCUGCUUAAUGCAAAGUGACAACUGAUAGCAAAUUGUAUUGACAGACCUUCAGUGAGCGUAAUUGCUCGGCAGAAAUGAUCCUGAAUCAGUUAUUCAUAGUGGAAGGCAACUGUAAUCCUCAGACUCCAGUGCUC